GAGUGCUGCGCAGGCGCAGCUCCGCCAUCUUCCUGGUACCCCUCCUACGCCUACAGGUUUAGCGAAGCCCUAUAUUCCGUUUCCAGGAUUUCCCAAUAACUCUCAAGGUCCUGGUUGCCCACCUUCCUAACAGCAGAGGUGAUUCCAAUUUCCAUUUGCCUGCGUUUAGAGAAGCCGGAAAGAGCUUAAGGAAAAAUGUGGAACAGAGAUUGAAUAAGCUCAGAAGAAAGUCCUAUGUUUUCAGGUUAAGGGAGGAUAUUUGAAAAUGCUUUCCAUUUCUGGAGGUUAUAGCCCAACGGCCUCUCCUUCAGAAUAGAAUUCAUCCCUCCCAUAUUCUGGGAUUCUUUCUUAGGGUUUCCUCUUACCCUCCACAAAGUAAUUUAUAAUGGUUAGUGGUGACACAAAUGCCAUGCAACCUCACCCACAAUAUGUAUGAGACUCGGUUGACUUAAAACCAGGCUCACAAGGAGAGAAAGUUAAUGCUAAGGCGUCUAAGUGGGUGUGGGUAGUUGUGCCUUACAGAGUAGCGGCUGGGGCACAGGCUGCCUCUUCCAUCCCCUCAGUGUCCAGGUGGUCCCAAAGGGCAGAGUGACUCAGGGAGAACCUGGUUUAGAUUCAAUAACUCAAGGCACACUUCCCUUUUUAAGAGGAAAAACAGAGCAGUACAGGUGUCCCCAACAGACAGAUCAAACAGGUCAAACGGGUAAGAUGGAGAUAUCCUUUACCAUGACUGAUUCUAGACUAGUCUCAGUUGGGCCACUUUCUCGUUUGCCAGGCUGAGGCACUCAGUCUCUGAGUGGCCAGGUCUUGGCCUGUGCCACUCAGGGAUGUCUGCACCUGACUCUAAUUGAGUGUUCAGUCCCCCAGAGUGUUUACUGGAGAGGCCCUAUUCUUAACUGACUGCCGGCCUGCCAGGCUUUGUGAGACAACUCAAAGAAGAUACUCUUCUAGUCACACCAUAGGAUCCAUACCACCUACCUACCUCUGUGGAGAGAUUUCAGAGCAAGGGGCUCAGGGCAGCCACAGUUCCUUCAAGGGGUCAGCAGCAUCAGUCCAGAGGCACAGACCGCACAAAGGGAGAGUCCCCUCCAAGAAUUCCUCUCCCAGUCCCCAGUGUGGAUGCGUGAGCCCAGAUGAACCGCUGCCAACUGCUCCAUCGGUGGAGAACCAGUGUAUCUGCACAGGACUCUAUGCUUUUGUAAGAACGGCAGAAAAUGGACAAAUCCCAGGGGUCACUGUCAUUUGGGGAUGUGACUGUGGACUUCUUGGAGGAGUGGCAGUGCCUGAACCCUGCUCAGAGGACCCUGUACAGGGACGUGAUGCUGGAGAACUACCACAACUUUGUCUCAUUGGGGUUUCUCAUUAACAAGCCAGAGGUGAUCUUCAGAUUGGAGGAAGGGGAAGAGCCAUGGAUAGUAAAGGAAGAAUUUCUGUACCAGAACUACCCAGGGUCCUGUGCUACCAAACCAGAGGUGAUCUUCAGGCUGGAGCAAGGAGAGGAGCCAUGGAUAUUGGAGGAAGAAUUCCCAAGCCAGAGCCUCCCAGAAGUCUGGGAAACUGAUCACAAGAAAGGAAGGAGGCAAGAAAACCAGCGUAAACCUAUGUGGGAAGUUGCAUUCAUCAGUAAAAAAACACCGACCAAGGAACGAGGUAAUGUAAUAGGAAAACCAUUUAACCUGGACACAAAUUCGUUUCCUUCCAGAGAAAGCCUCUGUCAGUGUGACUCAUAUGGAGUGAGUUUCAGCUGUAUUUCUGAAUUGUGUAUCUAUAUGAAAAACUAUUUAGGAAAAAAGACUGAUGAAUUUAAUGACUGUGGAAAAUUGCUACUCAGUAUUGAACACAAGAAAACUCCUACUAGCGAGAAAAGUGAAUUUUUUAAACAUGGGGAAACUUUCAGUCAGGAUGAGGACCCUGUUGAUCAUGAGAAGAUUCAAAGUGUAGAUCAAACAUUUGAAUAUAACAUGUAUCAAGAAACCUUCCCCGAAAAGGCAAUAUUGAGUACGUACAAGAGAGAGAUCACAGAAGAGAAUCACUCUGAAUGUAUUGAAUAUGGGAGAACCUUCUUUCCUAACUCCUCUUUCCUGUUACAUCACAUGAAUGCCUCCGAAGAAAAUCACUGUGAACUGGGUACUUGUGGGAAAUCGUUAUGUGUGAAGUCUACCCUUUUGAAACCUUAUGGGGCACGUAUGAAACCCUUGGAGUGUAGUGAGAGUGGGGAUCAUUUCCGGGGGGAUUUAUGCCUUCCACAACUUGAAACAAAUCAUAAAGGAGAGAAACACUUUGAAUGCAAUGAAUGUGGGAAAGCCUUUUGGGAGAAGUCCCACCUCACUCGACAUCAGAGGAUACACACGGGAGAGAAACGCUUUCAGUGUAAUGAAUGUGGAAAAACUUUCUGGGAGAAGUCAAAUCUCACGAAACAUCAGAGAUCACACACGGGGGAGAAGCCCUAUGUGUGCAACGAGUGUGGUAAAGCCUUCAGCCACAAGUCAGCCCUCACGUUACACCAGAGAACACACACAGGGGAGAAACCCUAUCAAUGUAGUGCAUGUGGAAAAACUUUUUACCAGAAGUCAGACCUCACCAAACACCAGAGAACACACACAGGGUUGAAACCCUAUGAAUGCUAUGAAUGUGGCAAAUCUUUCUGUAUGAAUUCACACCUUACAGUGCAUCAGAGAACUCAUACAGGGGAGAAACCAUUUGAAUGUCCUGACUGUGGGAAAUCUUUCUGUCAGAAGUCACAUCUUACACAACAUCAGAGAACCCAUGUAGGGGAUAAGCCCUACAAAUGUAAUGCAUGCGGGAAAACUUUCUACCACAAGUCAGUUCUCACUAGGCAUCAGAUAAUUCAUACAGGGUUGAAACCUUAUGAAUGUUACGAAUGUGGAAAAACCUUCUGCUUGAAGUCUGACCUCACAGUGCAUCAGAGAACUCACACAGGGGAGAAACCCUUUGUGUGUCCUGAAUGUGGGAAAUUCUUCAGCCAUAAGUCUACCCUCUCUCAACAUUACAGGACACAUACAGGAGAGAAACCCUUCGAAUGUCACGAAUGUGGAAAAAUAUUCUAUAAUAAAUCGUACCUGACUAAACACAAUAGGACACACACAGGGGAGAAACCCUACGAAUGUAAUGUAUGUGGGAAAACUUUCUGCCAGAAGUCUCAGCUCACUCAGCACCAGAGAAUCCACAUAGGAGAGAAACCCUAUGAGUGUAAUGAAUGUGGAAAGGCUUUCUGUCACAAAUCAGCUCUAAUUGUGCACCAGAGAACUCAUAGAGAAGAAAAGCCCUAUAAAUGUAAUGAAUGUGGGAAGUCUUUCUGUGUGAAGUCAGGACUUACUUUACAUCAGAGAAAACACACAGGGGAAAAACCCUAUGAAUGUAACGAAUGUGGGAAAUCCUUCAGUCACAAAUCAUCCCUCACAGUGCAUUAUAGGGCUCACACAGGGGAGAAAUCUUGUCAGUGUAAUGAAUGUGGGAAAAUUUUUUACCGAAAAUCAGACCUUGCUAAGCAUCAGAGGUCACACACAGGUGAGAAGCCCUAUGAAUGUAACACAUGUGGAAAAACCUUCUCUCAGAAGUCAAACCUCAUUGUACAUCAGAGAACACAUACAGGAGAAAACCUUAUGAUUGCAGUGGGUGUUAGGAAUGUUGAGCUGUGGUUCAGUAGCCACUAUGCUUCAGAGAAUGCACGCUGUAGAAGAAGUAAUGUCGAUGUUCUGAAUGUUGAGUAACCUUCAUCCACAAACUGGCCUUAUUUUACCCCGAAGCAGACUAAAACAUAUAGGACAGUCUUGUUAAAUAAUAUUCCGUUAAAUGUACCCUAGUAAAUGUGGGUAUAAAACCUUGCAGAAUUUUGCUUUUGUGAAUUUUUUUUUUCUUUUUUUUUUCGUGGCAAAAAUACAAACUAGGUUAUGUCAGAAUUUCUAUUAAGGAGAAAUCUUCAAUUUGAGACAUAUAGCUUGAAGAUUGUCUUUAGAAGUAAUAUAACAUUGGAACUUGUGGUUUGGUUUUGAUGCCAUAUUUGUCUUUAGGAAACAUGAGAAAUUGUAAUUUAUUGUUGAAUAUUGUGCAAUGUACAAACAAAAAGUAGUAAAAUGAAACAAUGAAUUUAAAAGAAGUUGCAGUAAUACACAGAAUUCUCAUUUGCCCUUUCCCGAGCUACCUCUUAAGAUAUCUUACAUAAGUAUGGUAUAUUCUCUAGCAGAAAUGUGGAUGGUACCAUAAUGCUAAGUCACAUACGUCAUUCACACUUCAGUCGUUUUUACAUGCACUUUUGUGUAUGUGUAGUUCUACAAAAUAUUGUCGCUUAUGGUUUGAGUACCUGUCGAUACAGGCUACAAAAUCGAAAAGGAAUCUGGAACCUGUGUUGCAUUAGGAUUACAAAGGAAUCAGGAUUUCACCACAAGAAGUUCCCUUGUGUCAAUAACCAUACCGUUUCUGCAAUCUUAAUCCUGGCAAUUGAUGAGAAUGUGAAGUUUUUAAAAAGGAGAUAUAAUUGAAAUAUUAGGGCAACAGCAUUAAAUGCUUACGUGAAGUAUCCCUUAAGUUUACAGGACUCCUGUAUCUACACAUGCUGGCUUCUAUAAACUGUGUGUUCCAUAUGCAUAAUGCAAGUUAAUAUGAUUGUGAAUCGAAACCAGACACUCAUAGUUCAGCAUCUCCCAGGUAUGUCAGGGCCAGGAGGAACCUCUGGAAAGGAGGCCCCCAAAGCUAAUAUGUAACCACUUAAAACACAUAAAUCAAAAUAACAAAAUGGUAAAUAAAAUGUGUUCUGUGCAGAGGGAUAUCUAGUCCGUAAUCUCAUUUUUCCCUUUCAAGCCAUAGGGUGCCUUGAGUGUACAUAUGUGAAUUCUCCACCCCUCAGCCUCAGUUGUACAAACCCCUGGAAGUCACUGCCCUCUAAGGCAGAGUUCAGAAUAGAAGCCACAGACAGUCUAUAUGUCACUCAGAGUUGUAAACUAGGCUGUAAAAUCACAGGUCCAGCGUACCCAGAAACAUAUCUGGGUCAUGGGUUUUUGAUUAUAUGAGAAGGUGGGUUGAGACUGGAGCAGAGCCAGAGUGAGGUCAGAGUGAGGCUUUUAUGGACCGACAGGAUAUAAAGGUGGUAUACCACAUUUCAUUAUACGAUUUCAUAAAUCAGGUUACACAAACUAAUGAUCUUAAAUUGCACAGAUAUUCUAAGCGUACGCCUUAGGAAACUAGAAACAGAAGAGUUAUUGAAUGAAAAGGAGCAAAACAAAGGAAAUAAUAAGAAUUAGAGCAGAAAUCAGAUCUUUGAAAAGACAAAAACAAUAAAAAGAAAAGUUAAUUAUUUGAAAAGGUCAAUAAAAGUGAUAAACCUUCAGCUAAGUUAACUAAGAAAAAGAGUAGAUACAACUCACCAAUAUCAGAAGUGAAAGAGAGACAUAACAACUGAUUACAUGGACAUUAGAAGGAUAGUAAUGUUACGGACAACUCUGCCCACAAAUUUCAUAACCUAGAUCUAUUCCUUGAGAGACACAAUCUGCCUAAACUUACACAAGUAUAAAUUUGUAUAGGCAAAUAUCUAUUAAAGAAACUGAGUUCAUCCUUAAUCUUCCAAAUCAGAAAGUUCAGGCCCAGAUGUGUUCACUGGUGACUUCUAGCAAACACUUAAGGAAGGAAGAAAUGAUACCAGUUCUCUACAACCUCUUCCAAAAAGGAGGAGUAGAAGAAAUCCUUCCUAACUCAUUCUGUGAUGCUUAUUAUAGUAGCAAAAGCAGGCAGAGACAUUAUAGGAGAGGAAGGUAACGGGUGCCUGGCUGGCUGAGUCAGUAGAACACGCGACUCUUAAUCUCGGGUCCUGAGUUCGAACCCUAGGUUGGGUGUGAUUACUUUAAAAAAAUUCUGAAAAGGGAAGCUAGAUGCCUGUAUGUUUUGGAACAUAGAUGCUGAGAUCCUCAACAAAUCGUCACCAAGUUGAAUCCCACAAUAUAUAAUUACGGGCCAUGACCAUGUGGGAUUUAUUCCAGGGGUGCUGUGCUGGUUCAACAUUUGAUAGUCAGGUAGUCACCUGUCACAUCAAGAGGCAAAAGAAGAAAUAAUCAUAUGAUCUUAUCAGUAGGUGCAGAAGAGCCUUUCACAAAACGUUAACCCACAUCCACAAUAAGAAAUCUCAGCAGGCUGGGAGUAUGGGGAACAUUAACUUGGUACAGAACAUCUCCAACAGCCCUACAGCUAACGUUGUACUUUGAUGGUGAGAAACUAGAUGCUUUCCCAGUGAGAAGAGGAGAGCAAAGAGGUCCCUGUCCCUGCUCUUUCAUCCUCCUUCUGGAAGUCCUCGCCGACAGAGCAAGACCAGAGAAGGAGAGAGACUUGGAUUGGGAAGGAGGAGAGAAAACUGUGUACAGUCACACGUAACAUGAUGGCCCAUGUAGGAAAUGUCCAGGAGUCGACAAUAAAACGCGCUGACGCGAGUUAACGAGGUUUUAGGAUACGGUGAUUGGGUGGGUGGUAAAAAGAAAUGAGCCGUUCGGUAACAGGAGACAUGCAGGAGCCUUUACGUGCAUAUUGUUGAAUGAGACAAGCCAAUCCGAAAGGCUUUCCACCUUUCGUUACCAGUUAUAGUGCGUUCUGGAAAGGCACGUGGGGAGACAGUAAAAGGAUCGGUGGUCGCCAGAGGAUUGAGGCAGGGGAGGGAAGGCUGAAUAGGUGGAUUAGGGAGGACUUUUAGGACGGUGGGAGUAUGCUGUAGGAUAUUGUAACGGUAGAUGGCGUGCGGAUCCUUUGCCAGUGCCCAAAAAUGUAACAAAGGGUAAGCCCUAAUGUAAACUGUGGUCUUCAGGUAGUACUCCUGUAUCAGCAUUGACUCAUCAGUUGUAACGAAUGGACCACACUACUGCAAGAUAUGAAUGAUGGGGGGCUGCAGAGGGGUAGGAGUGAAGGGGUGUAUAGGAACUCGACUUUCUGCUCCAUGUGUCUGUAACUCUGCGACUACUCUAAAAUGUAAAGUGUGUGAAAGAAAUGAACCAUCCUGUCUGCCUAUAGCAAUAUAGAGGAAUCUCCGAGGGUGUUUCUUCUAUAAUUACAAAGUUAGAAACGCAGUAUUCAGUACCACUUUUCCCAUGGUGGGAGGCAGAAUGCAUUCUCAGAAAUCAUAUGCUGACCAUCACUAAAGCCUAUUUUCAGCUGUAGCUUCC